AUGGUCAAAGUCCUCAUCGCCCUCAGCGCAUUGGCGGUUGCCGCCACGGCUGGCUCCGUCACGGAACUCCCCGAGUCUGUGACCAAGCUCAUCGACUACUCCGCAAACCCUUGCGACGACUUUUAUCAAUAUGCGUGUGGCGCGUGGUACAAGGAUGCUGUGAUCCCCCCGAACGGAUCCAUCACCGAUACGGCGUUCUUCAAGAUCACCAUCCAAAACGAAGCCGUGUUGACGAAGAUUUUGUCUGACAACAAGACCAAGCUUGGUGAGUUUUACCACUCCUGUUUGGACACGGCUACGCUGUCGUCGCUCGGCCUGACUCCGUUGGCCGACUCGUUCAAAGCCAUUCGGUCGGCCAACACCAAAUUGGACCUCCUCGUCGUGGCUGGUGAAUUGGCCAAGAAGAACGGCAUCCCUGCCUUUGUCGACAUUAAGGCCAGCGCUGACGCCAAAGACUCGACCAAGAACGCCCUCUUCGGUGUCCGAUCCCCCCAGUCGCUGCCUCACUCGUAUUACAUCUUCCCUUUCGACUGGUCGAUCAUCAAAGCCGACUACAAGGUGUACAUUGCGUCGGUGUUAAAGUUGGCUGGCUACACUGCCGAACAAGCGGCGGCUGCGGUACCGGUGAUCACCCGCUUUGAACACACUGUGGCCAAUUUCGGCCUCUACAAAUUCGAGGAGCCGGAGAUCGCUGUGUCUCCGUACACUGCGUUUACGUUUUACGAACUGGACCAGAAGUACCCGCUGCUCAUCGGCUCUUGGCUCAAGGCCAACGGCUUCACCGUCCACGACCAGUCCGGUGGGUCGAACGACUGGGUGGGUUUUACCAAAUUGGCCUACUUUGACAAGACGGAAGCGUUGUUAAAUAAGACGACGUUGGACGACCUCCGCACCAUCGUGGAGUACAAGCUCAUCCACGCCUCGUCCACCCACUUGACCCCUGAAUUCCGCACUGCCAACUGGAACUUGUUCGGCAAGAAGAUUGAUUACGAAGAGGUGGAACCUACUCGUGAAACGUUCUGCGUGUCUCAGGCGAGCUCCACGGUUGGGGAGCUCUUGGGUCAGUACUUCUUAGACGCGGUGUGGUCGGCUGAUACAGCCAAGACGGUCGACGAACUGGCCAAGGCAUUGAAGUCAUCAUUCUCCACUGGCAUUGCCACCGCCGACUGGUUGGACAACGCGACCCGCGCCAGCGCGCAAACGAAACUGUCCAAGUUAGUGCAUUUGGUGGGUGGCCCAGAUAAGCCCCAGCUGUACCCCACUCUGACGUUGGACUCGAAGUCGUAUUUGAAGAAUCGCUGGAAGAUCUCUCAAGUGAACAUCGACACCAACUUGAAGCUGAACGGCCAACCUGUGGACAAGCGCAAGUUUGUCAUGCCUCCCCAAGAGUCGACCGCGCAGUAUAGAUACAACAUGAACCAAAUGGAGUUCCCUGGUGGCAUCUUGCAACCUCCGGUCUUUGAUGUCAAAUACGAUGCCGCCCAGAACUUUGGUGCCAUCGGGACGGCCAUCGGACACGAAAUCACCCACGGGUUCGACAACACAGGACGCAAGUUUGAUGGCGACGGCAAGUUGAACAAUUGGUGGUCGAGCGCCACCAGCACUGCGUUCAACACGAAAGCUCAGUGCAUUCGCAACCAGUACGCCAACUUUGUCGUCAAGAACGAAGUGACUGACGAUGUGUUGGGCAACAUCGACGCCUGGGUCUCUUUGGAUGAAAACAUUGCGGACAACGGGGGGCUCAAGACCAGUUUCCGCGCGUACCACGAGUACUUGAAGAAAUUCCCAUCCCAGUACACGGAAGAAGCAGGCGACAAGUUGUUCUACUUGUCGUACGCCCAAUUAUGGUGCUCCAAGAACACGGAAGACCAACUCCUCUGGAAUAUGAGGGUUAAGUACCCGCCCGGUCGGCUCCGCGUGACAGGGACGUUGCAAAACGACGCUGAGUUUGCCCGAGUGUUCCAGUGCCCCACCGUCUCGUACAUGAACCCACCCGAGAAGUGCUUGUUGUGGGAAUAG